CUGGGACUGAGCGAUGAAGACCUGGAGCUGGGUUUGGGCGUCAGCAGCCUGAUGCAUCGCCGGAAACUCCGCCUGGCCAUCGAGGAUUACAGAGAUGCUGAGAACGGUAGAGGGCUGUCCAAGGCUGCAGACAUGGACCACCACUGGGUGGCCAAGGCCUGGCUGAGCGACGUGGGCUUGCCUCAGUACUCGCAGGCCUUUCACAAUCACCUGGUCGACGGACGCAUGCUGAACUCUCUGACGCGUCGCGAUCUCGAACGUCACCUCAGCGUCAACAAGAAGUUCCACCAGGUCAGCCUGCUGCUGGGCAUCGAGCUGCUGCACUCGGUCCAUUUUGACAAGGAGGCUCUGCAGGCUCGCCGGAUACAGUGUGAGCACCAGAACGUGGAUCCACUGGUGUGGACGUCUCACCGGGUCGUCAAGUGGAUCCGAGACAUCGACUUGAAGGAGUUUGCAGAAAGUCUCCCGAACAGUGGAGUUCACGGAGCCGUCAUGGUGCUUGACCCCACCUUCGACACCGACGCCAUGGCAACGGCGCUGGGGAUCCCCGGCGGCAAGCACAUGGUCCGCCGACACCUUGUCGAGGAGAUGAAGGCGCUGAUCGGCUCCGCCAGGGCAGAUGCCAAGCAGGACUUUGAGCGUCUGGGUCAGGGAACCCCCCCGACCCCGCAGCGUCAGAGCUCCCUGGGCAGACCUCCCAGCUCCGCCGGCCGACACACUGAUGACGAAGGCUCGCUGAGACGAAGGGCCGUCAAGCCUCCGUCAGGCUUCAGCCCCAAAGCGCGCAAUGGGCGGGACUUGAGUUGCCACAGCGCCUAUGGCUCUCUGCCUCGGGAAGUGCCAGACCAGACUCCGCCCAGGGCCGGGGGAAGUCCGAUCCGCGGCUACACCAGCAUCGAGGUCAGCAACGUGUGAGGUCAUCCGAGUGCAACACCGGACAUCAGCUUCAUCGCAGCUGGGUCUUCACUAUGGACAAUUGUUUUCCAUGUACGCCCAAACAUGGGAAAGAUGAGCCUUUAGAGGACAGAUUGCACUUUGUAAAAGGGACAGGACUUGUUUUUACAAGUUUCCUGAUAUAAGAAAAACUCCCACUGUGAGCACGUGGUAUUUAGAUUCUUCCCCAAACCCCCGAGUCACCAAGGACUCAAGCUAAAUGAUUAUUUUUCUAUGUAGAUUGUUCGUGUUUGUUGAAUAUUGACAGUCUGUUUCUCUGAGGGAAAUGGGAUUUUAAAAAAAAUGUUUGUACAAUACAGGGAACUAAGACAUCAGUGUAAACUCUUCUUGUUUUAUUCACUUCUGCUGUUUGUGAUGCCUUGUCAUUGUAGCCGAGUGCAAUGAACAAAAAAAUGCGAACUUUGAAUAAGUGAAACUAAUGUUUGAUAGUCGUUUUUCAUCCUGCACAUUUACACUGUCGUGUCUAAACAAAUGUAGCACCCUCUUCUGAUGUUUUAUACUGCGUGGUGAACAUGGAAUGUUAUCUGAACAGCGCUAACUGGAGAUGAAUGCAGAGUUGUAUGUCCACGAACGCCACGAAAAGGUGAAGGGAUGCAAAUAUGUGAAAAUGAGAUUUACUUUUAAUCAAAUAAAGAUGACAUUCAAUAUUGAA